AGUCCCGCGCGGCGCCACCGCGACGAUGCUUCCGGCACCUCCUCCGUUCUCCCACGGCGACUUCGUCGGCGUUCUCUCCCGCUGCGCCACCCUCGCUCACCUGAAGCAGCUCCAUGCCCACUCCGUCGUCACCGCCCGCGCCGCCACGCAACCCACCACCUUCCACCUCCUCCGUUUCGCAUCCCUCCGCCUCUCCUGCCUCCCCUACGCCCGCCGCCUCUUUGACUCCACGCCCUAUCCCAAUGUCUUCCUCUACUCCGCCAUGCUCUCUGCCUACGCCGCCGCAUCCCCCGCGCAGGCGUACGCCCAGGACGCCCUCGCCCUCUUCCUCCGUAUGCUCCGCCGCGGCCGCUCCGCGCCCAACCAGUUCGUCUACCCGCUGGUCCUCCGCGCCGCCUGCGUCGUCGGCGUACAGCUGGUUAGGUCGAUCCAUUCCCACGCCUACAAGAGCGGGUUCCACGCGCAUGAUGUUGUAAGGACUUCGCUGCUUGAUGGGUACUCGAGGUAUGGCAUGAUGCUGGACGCACGAAAGCUGUUUGGUGGUUUGACCGAGAGGAAUGUGGUCUCCUGGACCGCGCUACUGUCCGGCUACACAAGGGCCGGGAAGGUCGGAGACGCGAUUGUUCUGUUUGAACGGAUGCCCGAGAGGGAUGUGGCUGCGUGGAAUGCGAUGAUCGCUGGCUGCACGCAGAAUGGAUUGUUUCUGGAGGCUCUGGGGAUUUGUAGCAGGAUGGUGGAAGAGGGGUUCCGGCCGAAUGGGACCACAGUUGCUUGUGUGCUGUCUGCAUGUGGGCACCUUGGGAUGCUGAAAAUCGGGAAGGUCAUCCAUGGUUAUGCGUGGAGGAGCUGUGUUGGUUUUGGCUCGUCUGUUGUGAAUGGGUUGAUUGAUAUGUAUGGCAAAUGCGGGACUUUGAAGGGGGCGAGGUGGAUGUUUGAUGAGUUUUCCGACAAGAGUCUGACCACAUGGAAUUGUCUGAUUAAUUGCCUUGCACUACAUGGGCACAGCAAGAGUGCAAUUGCUGUCUUCGGUGAGAUGAGGAACGCAGGAAUUGAACCUGAUGAGGUUACAUUUGUGGGACUGUUAAAUGCGUGCACCCAUGGUGGAUUUGUCGAUGAAGGGCUUAUGUACUUUGAACUCAUGUGCGAUGAGCUGAGAAUUGAGCCAGAGAUUGAGCAUUAUGGGUGUAUCAUUGACCUUCUUGGUCGAGCAGCACGAUUUGAAGAUGUAAUGAAUGUAAUCAAAGAUAUGAAAGUCCAACCAGAUGAGGUCAUUUGGGGGUCACUUCUCAAUGCCUGUAGGGUACACAGACAGCUAGAGCUUGCUGAGUUUGCUAUAAGAAAAUUACUGCAGUUGAACCCGGACAAUGUUAAUUAUGUUGUGAUGCUGGCAAACUUAUACAGUGAAGGUGGAUCCUGGGAACAGGUUACGAAGGUAAGGAAGCUGAUGCAGGAGGAUAUGGGCAAGAAAGUGCCUGGUUGUAGUUGGAUCGAGGUGGAUCGCAAGACACACAUGUUUUACUCUGGUGACGAUACUCAUCCUGUAUCAGAGGAUAUCUGUAACACUCUUGUGGAAUUAGUGGCCUCAAUGGAAAUGUGCCAGGAUUAAUUUCUUAUAGACGCAACAGGAGUUCUUCCUGUAUAGUAUUAUGAGAAGUAGACAUUACAGGCUGAAGCCUAAAUAGAAGAAAAGCCCGUGAGGAUUGAUUUGGAUAGAUUGAUAGUUUUAUUUUGAAAGUCGGAAACUUCUAUUCCGUAAGUGAAGUGGGGUAAAUUGAAAUUUUUGACCUAGGCUGAUUAGGAGUUAUGUUGGAUGUACGCAUGAAGGGACUGAUGUGUUACUAUUUCAUAGCGCAAUUGGUGCAUAAGGAGGGCAAAAAGAAAGGAGACGAUAGAAGCUAAAGAUGGAGUGUAGAACAAAUGACAGAAGUUGUCUAACAUUUCCAUGCAUGUAUUUCAGCAGGUGAUUCUUUCAAGGGAAAAGAAGACCCAAGUUAGCAGAUGCGUGUAGCUUCCAUAUCUUCCUGCUCAGAAUGUGUCAAAUGGCAGGAUCGGGGGAGGACAUGGGGAAAUGAGCACCGGACAUUGCUGUUGCAAUCUAGAUAGAAGAAAAAUGGAGGUCGAAAAGGAUGGUGCAGAUUAUAGAACAAACAUGCAAGGUACAAUGCAGUGCACCAACAGCGUGAGACGGGGAAUAAAAGUGCUCCUUUACACUCGACCAGAGAAUAAUUCCAGCGAUGCCUUGCCAUGUAAACUGUGAACCGUAUGUUUCACCAUGAUAUGAUCAAUCCAAAAGCAGAUAAAAUCUU